AUGCAUUUCAACCAGGCGCUGAACACUUGCACCACCGUCACAGGCCUACGGGUGCUGCACUGUCGGGCCAUCGCCUACGGCCUCCUGCCUCACAGCGUUCGACUUGCCACCAAGUUUAUCGCUGUGGCAGCAUGGGUCUGCCCCACGGCCAUCUACGCACGGCAGAUGUUCGACGAAAUGCCGCACAGAGAUUCCCACGCAUGGGGCACCAUCCUCCGCGCCUACGCCGACGCAGGGCCCUGCGAGGGAGCCCUCCUUCUGUUUCGCGAGAUGCGGCACAGCAGAGCGCCACCGGACCGGUUUACGUUCCCCCCGGUGGUGCGCUCCUGCACCGUCGUCUCCGCCAUCUCCGCCGGCCGGCAGGCCCACUGCGACGCCGUCAAGCACGGGCUCUCCUCCGAUAUGCACUUCCAGAGCGCGUUGCUCGCCAUGUACGCCCAGAACGGGGAGCUCGCAGAAGCAGAACUGGUUUUCCGUGAGACGGUUCUGAAGAAUCUGGUCUCCUGGACGGCGAUGGUGGCGGGUUAUGCGCAGAACGGUGCCUGUGAGAAGGCGGCGGGAGCCUUCCGGCGGAUGGCCGCCGCCGGCGUGCGGCCCAACGAGGUCGCCGUCACCAGCGUCCUCCCCGUUGUCAGAUCUGCGGAAGAGAUUCACGGGUACGCCAUUAAAUCCGGGUUCGGUUCCUUCAACGCAGUAGGGAAUGCUCUCAUCGCUGCGUAUGGAAAGUGCGGGCAACUAGAUAUCGCGCGACAGUUAUUCGGAAGAAUGCGGGACAGAACGGUGGUGAGUUGGAACGCCAUAAUAGCAGCUUACCAGAGGAAUCGUGAAGGGAAGAUGGCGAUCGAGAUCUUCAGAAGGAUGCUGACGGAGAGGGUUGACUUUGACUACAUAACCCUGGUUAGCGUCAUCUCGGCCUGCGCCAGCUCUGUAUCUCUCGAUGUCGGGAGAUGCCUCCACAGGGUUGUAAGGAAGAGAGGUCUCCUGAACAACCCAUCUAUCGGAAAUGCUCUUAUUGACAUGUAUGCCAAAUGUGGAAGCUUAGAAGCUGCUAGGGAGGUGUUCGAUGAAUUACCCCAGAGAAGCGUGGUCUCAUGGAGUGCUAUGAUCAGCGCGUAUGCCACCCACGGCAGAGGAGAAGAAUCCCUGAAGCUCUUCUCGAGGAUGAAAUCAGAGGGGCCGCCGCCAAACCGGUUGACUUUUCUCUCCGUCCUGUCGGCGUGUAGCCAUUCGGGACUCGCCGUCGAAGGGAGGGAGAUUUUCAACAGCAUGAAGAGGGACUUCUCGUUGACGCCUUCUCUCGAGCACUACGCUUGCAUGGUUGACCUCCUCUCUCGUGCCGGCAGCUUACCAGAAGCUUACGCAUUCAUAGAGGAGAUGCCGAUCAGACCAGAUACCGGCGUGUGGGCGGCUCUUCUCGGCGGCUGCAGAGUCCACGGGGACCUAUCGAUGGCAGAGACGGCAACGGAGCGGCUGCUCCGGCUGGAUCCACGGUGCGUCACCGGCUACGUCCUCCUGGCGAGUGUAUACGCAGAGGCUGGCCGGUGGGAGGACGCUGAGAAGCUGAGGAAGACGAUGAAGCAGGCGGCGAUGCAGAAGAAACCCGGUCACAGUCUGGUGAAGACAAUAACCCCGCCAUAA